CCGCCCGCUGCCGCCUCAGCCUCCCGCGCCGGACCGGCCGCGCCGCCAUGCCCAAGUGCCCCAAGUGCGACAAGGAGGUGUACUUCGCCGAGCGGGUGACCUCCCUGGGGAAGGACUGGCAUCGGCCCUGCCUCAAGUGCGAGAAAUGUGGCAAGACGCUGACCUCGGGGGGCCACGCCGAGCACGAAGGCAAGCCCUACUGCAACCACCCCUGCUACGCCGCCAUGUUCGGGCCUAAAGGCUUUGGGCGGGGUGGCGCUGAGAGUCACACCUUCAAGUGAACCCAGGUGGUGCGGACCCCCUUCCUGGCCACCCUCGGAGCGUGGCCCCUGCGGCUAAUUCCAGGCUGGUCCCGGGCCCCGGUGUCCCCGGAGACCCCAUGCCCUCAAUAAACUGAGCACCGGGAAGACCUGUGUGCACCUGUGUGUACCUGCGCCGAGCUGG